AUGGCAGAAUCCACAGACGAAGAGAGUUUGCUUUGGAGAUUUUUGUUCUUGGGUGACGAUGAAAGUGUGUAUAGACCAAGACAACAGGAAAUUCAGGCUACUUAUAUCAUUGAUAGAUUGAUUCAAAGAGGAAGAGGAAAAGCAAUUAUUGAUUGGAUUAAAGAAAACAAAGAGAAAUGCUGCAAAUUUUAUCCAUUUGCAUACACCCUUGCCAUAUGUGCAAAAUGCAACAUGCUGCAAGUAAGGCAAGAAGCACUGGAUGCUUUGAAAUUUGUUUGUAACACACCAACGGAAUUGUUUAUGUUUUUAUGGUAUUGUGCAAAAAUAGACGGCACACAGGAUGGAUUUUACUGGAGACACUCAAGGCAGCAUCAGUACAAAAGAGAACGGGGGAUAUCAAAGAGAGUGAGAUUAAGAAGUUGGCCAAGGCAAUUCCGUAGGGGGGUUGCACUGUGGUAUACAGCUAAUCCACGAUAUCAGCAAGACAUUUUGAAUCUAGCUAAGCAUGUCACAAAAUAUCAGCAUCGGCAUGGUUUCACUCACAAAAGAGUUAUAAAGUCAUGUCACCCAAAAUCUAGAAAUGAAGACAUGAACUAUAUUUUUUGCUAUGUUCUUAAAGGAUUCUCCCAUGCAAACCAAAAAUUUGAAGAUGCCAUUAUAAACGGGAGGAUAAGGGUUCAGGUCAGAGAAUUUUUUAAAGACUUAGAAGAAUUGAAAAAUCCAAAUGUUAAUGUUGAACUUGUGAAAGAAAUGAUAAACAAAUGGGAUCUCUCGUGGGAACAUAUUCCAACAAAGUUUUUGAAAUAUCACUGUGUUUGGAAAACAUUUUUGAUGAGAGAAAUGCCAUUAAUGGCCUUAAUUAGGAAUCUUGGAAAAGCAGGAUCCAUGCAGCUUCUUCAGCCAGGGAGUGAAGAAGAAAGGAGGGUUUGUGAAAGGCUUACCAACAUUGAACUUGUAAACAAUAGUAAAUUACAUCCUAUAGACAUCAUAUCAGCUUUAACUGGCUAUAGGAGAGGAGAGGGAUCAAAAGGAAGGGAAUGGCCCAUCAAUGAACAGAUCAUACAAGCUGUUUAUAGAGCAUACAUGAAUAAAUUAUCAUGCCGACCCUCAACAGAAAAAAGACUGCUCAUUGCCAUUAAUAUCAAAAUGAACUUUGACAGAUAUGUAGUAGGAAAGCAGUGGCUUUCUUGUAAGGAAGCUGCCAUAGCAAUGGCAAUGAUGCUAUCAGAAAAUGAAAGAUCUGCUGAAAUUGUAACUUUUGGACACUUUGCGCGUAGAUUUGAUGUUCCAAGACACGAUGAAAGUAUGGGAGACAUUGAAACUGCAUUAGAAAGAAUUGCUUCCAUACGAGAGGAGGGAAAUCCCCCUCUGUCCUUCACGGCACCAUUUGUUUAUGCAGAAGGUAGAGAAGAGCCUUUUGAUGUUAUCAUUUUAAUUACAGAUAAAGUUAGUUCACCAAGAGUUCGAGAAAUCAAGUCAGGUUUCACAAAUUACAAACAGCAUCAUUCUACUGCCAAGUGCAUCACAGUUCAUUUCAAACAUGGUGAAGCUACCUCAGUCUCACAGGACCCCAGUAUGUUGGAUGUGAUCGGUGUGGAUGCUUAUGCUUUAGAAGUAAUCCAAGACUUCAUACUAGGUUAUCAUGAAGACAUGGCAAAUAUCAUAGGAGAUGUGGUAGAUUUGCGAAUAUGAUAUUUAUACAUUAUUUUAUGCAGUAUUAUUUUGUGCAUAUAAACUCAAUGAGUUACCCCUGCUUUUGAAAAUGUCAUAUCUUUACUGCUGAGGUUACUGCUGAGGUUGACAAAUGUUAUUGAUAGGGUCAUCAUUGGUGAGAAUUCCAGCAUUGAUAUAACAGUAGGAAAAAAACAAAUAUAGUCUUUUAUACAUAAAAAUACUCAGGUACCAAGAUGUACUUAUGAGAAAAUUUUAGAAUUUAUGCUGAGUAAAAAUUGCUUUAGCCUUACUAGUCUAGUAUACAAUAAAAACUAUAAAUCUGGACCCAAGUUAUAUCUUUACUCUGAAGUGUACUUACUUAAUUUUUCUUCAUGUAGUAGUAUUUCUGGCAGCUCCUACCUUUGCGGUGUAUUUUGAUAAAUUUUUGGCAGUUCAAGCCAUAUUGUUGUCUGUUUUUAUACUUUUGUAUUUACUCUUACAGAAAUAGCCAUAAAAGGGUCCCCCUACUAGUAAAUCUGCAGCUGAUACA